AAACGCGUUUCCAUGUUUGCAGCGUCUGGCGUUGGUUUUCAAACUAUGAAUCCUAACGCUAGAUUUUUAAGACGCCCAAUUUGAAAGCGUUCGUGAUUCCAGAUUCUAAAGACAAAUAUACCCUUGAAAAAAUUGUAAAACUACGAGAAGACCGUCCAUUUAUCUUUCCUUUCAAGCCAAAAAUCUCACGAAUCUUCUAUUUCUUCUCUACCGUCGUCGAAAGCUUUACCAAAAUCUCACGCCCCCGACGAUUCUGCCGAUUCAUCGGGAUUUGAGUUUUCACAAAACCCACAAUGGUUUCGUAUCCUGCUACCACAGAGACGAUUUCCCUGGCUUUAGAAGCCAACAGCUCGGAGGCUAUUUUGAUAUUGUACCAGGUUUUGGAAGACCCUUCUUCAUCUCCAGAGGCUAUACGGAUCAAAGAGCAAGCGAUUACAAACCUCUGUGAUCGACUUACUGAAGAGAAGAGAGGUGAGGAUCUCCGGAAACUGCUAACCAAGUUGAGGCCUUUCUUUUCGUUAAUCCCCAAGGCGAAAACUGCAAAAAUCGUCAGAGGAAUCAUUGAUGCUGUGGCAAAGAUACCUGGAACAACUGAUCUUCAGAUCACUCUCUGCAAAGAAAUGGUGGAGUGGACUCGCGCUGAGAAGCGUACUUUCCUCAGGCAGCGAGUAGAGGCUAGGCUUGCAGCUCUUUUGAUGGAGAACAAGGAGUAUGUUGAAGCUUUGGCACUGUUGAGUACUUUGGUAAAAGAGGUUAGGAGAUUAGAUGAUAAGCUCCUUCUGGUUGACAUAGACUUGUUGGAGAGCAAACUUCACUUCUCAUUGAGAAACUUACCCAAGGCAAAAGCUGCACUCACCGCAGCUAGGACAGCUGCAAACGCUAUAUAUGUCCCACCAGCCCAACAAGGUACCAUAGAUCUGCAGAGUGGGAUUCUUCACGCUGAAGAGAAGGAUUACAAAACUGGAUACAGUUACUUCUUUGAAGCCUUUGAGUCCUUCAAUGCUCUCGGAGAUCCAAGAGCGGUUUUCAGUUUGAAAUACAUGUUACUGUGCAAGAUCAUGGUUAGUCAAGCUGAUGAUGUUGCGGGAAUAAUCUCCUCAAAGGCUGGACUACAAUAUGUUGGCCCUGACUUGGAUGCCAUGAAAGCAGUAGCUGAUGCUCACUCAAAGAGAUCCUUGAAACUGUUUGAGAACGCACUCCGUGACUACAAAGCACAGCUUGAAGAUGACCCAAUUGUCCACAGGCAUCUCUCGUCUCUCUAUGACACGCUUUUGGAGCAAAACCUGUGUCGUUUGAUCGAGCCCUUUUCAAGGGUUGAGAUAGCACACAUUGCUGAGCUGAUUGGAUUACCGCUCGACCAUGUGGAGAAGAAGCUAUCUCAGAUGAUACUCGACAAGAAAUUUGCAGGGACAUUGGAUCAAGGAGCUGGAUGCCUCAUCAUCUUCGAAGACCCAAAGGCAGAUGCUAUCUACUCGGCUACUCUCGACACCAUUGCAAACAUGGGGAAGGUCGUCGACAGCCUUUAUGUCCGGUCUGCCAAAAUCAUGUCCUGAGUGAGUGAGUUGGUCGUCUGAAUCUCAUUCUAUCGUUCUUUCUUUCUCCUUUUUUCGGUUUUAGAUAUCGUUUGGACCCAAAGAAACUGAUGCUUCUCAAUGGAGAAAGUUAAACUGUAUGGAUUGUUCCCAUUGCUUGUUUCGCUUAUGAUCUUAUUAUGUCAUGGUUUCUUACUUCUCUUUAGUGCUUAAAAUGUAGGAUUUGUUAUCAUUUGGAUUUUGCAGUUUCUUUC